AGCGCAGCGAGUCCGGGAGAAGGUACAUUUAAACCCGAGGAGAAGCGCGAGGGAGCAGAGCGGAGCAGCUGAGACACUCUGCCCAGGAUCCAUAUAUAUCAUUUACGGAGAUGUCCAACGUCCAGCUUUCGAGCGCCGCCAUGGAGCGCCUGGUGGCCCGGAGAACGUUCCCCCUGCACAAGCGCACCGGCGCCUGCCGCAGCCUCUUCGGACCCGUGGACCACGACGAGCUCAACCGGGAGAUGAAAGCCAAGCUGCGGGAGAUUUCCGAACGCGACCAGCAAAGGUGGAACUUUAAUUUCGAAGCCAACGCCCCGCUGGAUGGGGACUAUCAGUGGGAAGAGCUGCCGCUGGAUACCACGCCGGGCUUUUACCAGGACAAGCGGAGCUCGGUGCCCCCGACGCCCGUUAAGCAGCGGCCGUCCGCGGACUCCGCCGCGGAGGCGCUGGAGCGCCUAUCGGCGCCGGAGAGCAGCAGCAGCGGCGGCGGCAGUAGCAGUAGCAGCCCCGCGGAGGUGAACCAGGAGAACCGCCUGGUCGAGCUGAACUCAGGCAGAGCCGCACACAGGCGGGUCCCGUGUGUGAGGCGCAGGCGGCCGGCGGCGCCCUCGGACAACAGCCACAUCACAGACUUCUUCAGCGUCAAACGGAAGAGAGCCGUCGACUCCUGCCACCUUUCCAAGUCGCCGAUCCCGGUGGAGCAAACGCCGCGGAAGAGAAUCCGCUGAAGGUCUUUUUUUUGCACUACGAACAUGUGAAAGAAACUCUGGGGGAACUUCGCUUCCCACCGAAAGAGACGCCGCAGACGGAAAGGGUCGGUGUUCGGAAGCCAGCGCGGGUGCGGCGCGCCGCUCCCCGGCGGAGCGGAGCCUUCGCUCGGACCUCAGGACUGAACGGUUUGGAGGGGACGGGAGUGAAGAGGCGAGCGAGCCUCGCUCUAUCCAGUACAAAUGUAGCAUUCGCUGUUUGCAUCCAGCCACUCGACAGUGUUAAAUGUUUUAACAUCUGUGCAAUCCUGAAAAAAAAAACACUGGCCAAAAGUGUACAGCUUUAUAGAGAAGUUCUGUUUAUGUAUAUUUUUAUUCUAACUUAUAAUUUAUUUAUGUUCCUUUGUUGCUGAUUUCUUUAUUCUAUUUUAAUUUACUAUUUUUAUUGUGGUGUCGUUUUUUCUUUUUUAUAAUUGCAAUCAUGUAGCUUCUCGAUAUUAGACACACCAUAUAGGUUUCUUUGUGUUUCUGAGCCCAUCUUUGUUGUUGUCAAACAAGUGCCCAACUUCUUGCAAAAGAGAAAAUAAAAACAAACUCACCUCA